AUGGAUUCUACUGCAGUUCCUUCUGCAGCUUCUUUACUAUCCUCUCAUUGCAUUGAAAUUGCAGAAGAUAUGGGAGCUGAACAUGACCAAAUCACAACCGUAGUCGACUCGGCUAUUAAUGUGAAAACGAAUGGAGAUAUUCUGACUCUUAUAACUGGAGCAACCACAUGUAAUGAUGGAAGGAGAAUUCGUUUGUCAAAUUCGAGACAUGGCUCAAAAUGGAGUAGUACAAAAGAACAAUGUAGUUCAAAAACAAUCAUUGAAGUGGAGAAGAAAGAUGCAGAAAAUCAUGUUGCCGAUGAUGAAAGCUGUACUGGAACUAAUCACACAUAUAAAAAGAGGAAGGCAUCUAAAUUAGCUAUCUCUAGAAAUAUUUCUUUAUUGCUAGGAAGGGUGAAAACACCUUUCACCACAUAUAUUAUUCACUUUGUUAAUGUUUGUAAUUAUUAUAGUAGCAUCAAAUUAAUAAUGUUAUGUAAAUAG